ACUAAGAAUCCUCCUUAUCCAUUUCACAGCAACAGCUCUACGUGUCAUCUUUGUCUGGCGUGACGCACCUGGCCCUCCAUCGCUGCGACGUGUACGGAGAAGCUUGCGCCGACUGUUGCCUCGCCAGAGACCCGUAUUGCGCCUGGGAUGGGAAGACGUGUUCCCGCUAUUCGGCAUCCUCCAAGCGACGAAGCCGCCGCCAGGACGUCAGACACGGGAACCCCAUGAGGCAGUGCAGAGGGUACAAUUCCAAUGUCAAUAAGAACGGGAUGGAUGCAGCGCAGUACGGAGUAGAAGGGAGUUCUGCCUUCCUGGAGUGUCAGCCACGCUCACCCCAAGCCUCCGUGAAAUGGAUCCUCCAGAAAGACAACUCAGACCGAAAGAAAGAGUUACGAUCGGAAGGACGCUUCUUGAAGACCGAUCAGGGUCUGCUCAUCCGCUCCCUCCAGCUGUCCGACACCGGCGUAUACCACUGCACGGCCACCGAGAACAACUUCAAGCACACGCUGAUGCGAGUGCGGCUCCACGUCCUGAGCAGCGAGGCCGUCACG